AUGACCAGCAAAAAAGUGUGUGGGAGGAGUGAGGACGAGGUUCUGGAUGAGGUUCAGAAGCAGCUUGGGCUAGGGGAGCUACGCAUAGAUACGAACGAGCGUGAUUGCGUUGCUGCGAUUGUCGACUUCGAUGGACCGGAUGGUCUUGUGGCCGUGGAUGGAAACUUCUAUGUGACCGGUCGGAGGAAGACACAAUCUGGAAAAUAUCUCUAUGUUACUUGUGAGGUUUAUGUAAUGGGCGAGUUCCCGAGCGUGCGGUGGAUUUAUAGUGCAAAAGCUGGGUUAUAA